ACGCCCCGCCCCGCCCCACGUCCGGAUCCGGAAUCUCGAGGCAGCCAGGCCCCAGGCGUCUGGAUUCCGGAGGUAAUGCCCUGGAGGGCUGGGAACGGAGUAGAGGCUGAGGGCGGCGCCGAGGAGGGCGGCGCCGAAGAAUACGGCCCUGAAGAGUACGGCCACGAGGAGUCGGGCGCUGAAGAGUCUGGCCCAGAAGAGUCCGACCCGGAGGAGUCGGGUACCGAGGAGGAGAUGGAUGCCGGCCGGCCGCGGCCGGUGCUACGUUCGGUAAACUCACGCGAGCCCUCCCAGGUCAUCUUCUGCAACCGCAGCCCGCGCGUGGUGCUGCCUGUGUGGCUCAACUUCGACGGCGAGCCGCAGCCCUAUCCGACGCUGCAGCCCGGCACAGGCCGCCGCAUCCACAGCUACCGAGGUCACCUUUGGCUCUUCAGAGAUGCAGGGACAUAUGAUGGGCUUCUGGUUAACCAAACUGAAUUAUUUGUGCCAUCUCUCAAUGUUGAUGGACAGCCUAUUUUUGCUAACAUCACACUGCCAGUGUAUACCCUAAAAGAGCGAUGCCUCCAGGUUGUACGAAGCCUAGUCAGGCCUGAGAAUUACAGGAGGCUGGACAUCGUCAGAUCACUCUAUGAAGAUCUGGAAGACCACCCAAAUGUGCAGAAAGACCUGGAGCGGCUGACGCAGGAGCAUAUUGAAAGUCAGCGAAUGGGAAAGGAGGUGGAAGGAUUUAAUUGAGACCUGUACUCCUACAUCUCAACCUUUGGUGGUACUGAUGAAUCUUGAUCUGGAUAUUAGACUGGUCACUUACUCUCUGUUUCAAAAUGUGUCAUUCUUGGAGUUAAAUAUGAUCCAUUGUUUAAAAAGAAAGUUAACUGACAUCACUAGGCAUUUGUGAUGGUUAGGAGCAAACAUCACAAAGUGUAAUUUAAUGCCUGCCCUUUCUAGAAAGUACUUAUCGGGAGAAAAUGAUUUGCAUUUUUGCCUCCUAGUAAGUCAGGAAAGUUUCAGUGUUUUAGAGGAUAUUUGUAGAAAUCAUUCAAGUGAGAAUUGCAGUAUAUCCUUUAAUUGUAAGCUAAGCAGUGGCAUCUGCUUUUAAUUGAUGUAUCAUAGUUGGUGUUGUGUCUGCUUCCUGCUUUGGGAAGACUGAGAUGUCCUUGCGUCAGGGAAAAAGUCUUCUCUUCUCUUUGAGACCCCAGUGCCUAGCACAUUAUGAGCCUUCAGUCGGUGUUUGCCAGAUGGGCAAACCAGUGGAUACUUUGGUAGAAAACACUUGGAGGUUUUGCCUCUUUUUUUCUGUUGUGGGAGAAGGGGGAGGCUUCAAAGUGUGUACAGGAAACAAGUGUCCAGAGCCCUUUUUAUAAUUUUCUAAAUUCAGUGCUGUUCUCAGUCCACUGUUGCUGCAAUUUUGGUUUUUUUCUGUUUCUAAAUUAGGAUUGGCUUUCUACUGUUACUGUGAUAAAAAUGUUUUUAUAACUUAACAUCUACACAGAAAGGAGAAAACCCUCAUGUUUAAUUCUAGUAUUAAUGAACUACUAUAGUGUAAGUAAAUUUUUGCCAAUCAUGGGCAUUUCUGUUCCUUUUUGUUUUCACCCAGGUGGGAUCCAUGUGUGGUAAAGGUAAUCGGUAUGCUUAGAAAGGCCGCUUGCUCAGCCCUGUCCCAAGACCUCAGUGUGCCCCUGAAUAUUUUUGAUAAAAAAUUUUUUGAGAAAAA